GGUGUAUUAAUUAGUGAAUCUUCUGAUUCUGGAGAAGAUAGUGAUCCAGUUAGUGAGCAUGGACUUCAAGAUAUGUUAAAAUAUCAUAAAUUAAUUAAAGCUGCUCAAGAAGAAUAUCAUGCUGAUACUGAGUUAAAACAUUAUCAAUAUUAUAGUGCAGGCUUACUGUCAAAUCAUGAUAGAUUUUAUGAACAUCAGAAACUUAUGUUAGGAGGAAAGAAGAAGUUAAAAGAUAAAAGAAUAGAAAAGAAAAAAUCAAAAUUAAAGAAAAUCAAGAUGGAAAAAUAUUCUGGUGAUAAAGCUAAUUUACAGGAAUACUUUGAACAAAGUUCUAUAAAGCAAGAAGAAAAGAUAUCAUUUAAAAAUGGUGCAGAUUCUAUGGAAAUAAUUCAACAAAAACCAUCAAAGAAAAAAACUGCUGCAGGUCAAGAAGUAAUUAUGGCAACAAAACGAAAACGUAUCUGGGUUGCUUUAGCAAAAAAAGAAGUCUGUAGGGCACAAAAACAAAAAGUUGCUGCUCAUAAAGAAAUGUUAACUACUGCAAAAAGGCUUGUUCACGCAUGCCAAAGAGAAUGCAGAAAAGGAGCACUCUUAUCUCAAAAAGUGAUGAAGGAUACACCUAGUAGAGCAAGAAGAUUGACUAAAGAAAUGCUUUUAUAUUGGAAACGAUAUGAAAAAGUAGAAAAAGAACAUAGAAAACGAGCUGAAAAGGAAGCACAAGAACAAUUAAGAAUGGAUAUAGAAUUAAGAGAGGCUAAAAGACAACAAAGAAAGCUGAAUUUCCUUAUAACUCAAACAGAAUUGUAUGCACAUUUCAUGAGCCAUAAAAUGGGUAGUUUACAAGAUUUCUCCAAAGAGAACAUUCUAAGCAGAUUGGAUGAAGUAAAAACUGAUAUUGUUGAUCAAAGAAAAUGUGUUCUUGAAGUAGAUGAUGAUCAGUAUGAUAGUAAUGAAAUGAAAAAUUUGGCUUUAAAAAAUGCUGAAAAUGCAUAUAGAGAACACCAAGCACAUACAAAAGCUUUUGAUAAUGAAAUAAAUUCAUUAAGAAAUAAGAAGCAAUAUAGUAACCGUCAUGAAUUCAAUGAAAAUUUUCGACUUACUAAUCCAAGUGUGAGCACAGAUGAAGAUUUGCCUCAACCACAAAUGUUUGUUGGAAAAUUAAAAACAUAUCAAUUAAAAGGAAUGAAUUGGUUAAAUAAUCUUUAUGAUAAAGGAAUUAAUGGCAUACUUGCUGAUGAAAUGGGAUUAGGAAAAACAGUUCAAACAAUUGCUUUUCUUGCAACAUUAGUUGAGACACAAGGGAUUUGGGGACCAUUUCUUAUCAUUGCACCUGCUUCCACUUUACAUAAUUGGCAACAAGAAUUCACAAAAUUUGUUCCUAAGUUUAAGGUUCUUCCCUAUUGGGGCAAUACCUGUGAUCGUAAAAUUUUGAGAAAGUUUUGGAAUCAGAAAGAUCUUCAUACAUCAAAUGCCUCUUUUCAUGUUCUUAUCACAAGUUAUCAACUCGUUGUUCAAGAUGUGAAGUAUUUUCAGCGGAUUAAAUGGCAGUAUAUGGUAUUAGAUGAGGCUCAAGCAAUAAAAAGCACUUCAAGUGUACGGUGGAAGAUAUUAUUAGGAUUUAAUUGUAGAAACAGAUUACUUCUAUCAGGAACACCAAUUCAAAAUAGUAUGGCUGAGCUAUGGGCUCUAUUACAUUUUAUUAUGCCAACAUUAUUUGAUUCUCAUGAAGAAUUUAAUGAAUGGUUUUCUAAAGAUAUUGAAAGUCAUGCAGAAAAUAAAUCAACUAUUGAUGAAAAACAUCUUUCUCGAUUGCAUAUGAUAUUAAAACCUUUCAUGUUAAGAAGGAUAAAGAAAGAUGUUGAAAAUGAAUUAUCAGAUAAGAUUGAAAUUUUAAUGUAUUGUCAGUUGACUCAACGUCAAAAAAUAUUAUAUCAAGCUCUAAAGAACAAAAUUUCUAUUGAAGAUCUGAUUCAGUCACCAUCAUCAUCUCAAACCCAAACAUCUACUUCAAAUCUUAUGAAUUUAGUUAUGCAGCUACGUAAAGUAUGUAAUCAUCCUGAUCUGUUUGAAAGAAGAGAAGCCAAAUCUUCUUUUUUUAUGAAAAUGGUUCCUUAUAUUAUGCCUCAGUUAUUAUUUAGAGAAGGCUUUUUGACUUUGAAUGAUGCAAGCAAGAAAAAAUUGUUAAUGUACACAUGGAAUAUAUUUCACCCAAAAUAUAUACAUCAUUUGUUGUUUCCUCCUGAUUCAUCUAAUAUCAUUCAUCAUAAAGAUUGUUGUUUUUCAUUCAUAAGAUUCAUAAACAUUUCACCUUCAGAAUUAUCCAAUAUAGCAUUAAAAGGUCUGCUUCCAAGAUGGUUAUCUUUAUAUUUAUUUUGGAAAACUGCAUUUAGGAUUUUUUAUAAGGAAAUUUGGAAUGAAAAUCAUUUAUCCUCCUGUAAAAUGGAUCGUUAUGGACUACUACUAACACCAUUGCAGUUCUCAAUCUGCUCUAGACUUGAAAACAGUGCCUUAAACUUAUUUGUGUUUACUGAAUAUUGUACUUCUGUUUAUACCAUAAAUUCUUACAUUCUUCAUUGCAUGCCAGAGACACCACAGCAUCGAGAAAUGAGGCAUCAAAAAUUAAUCAAUAAGUCUCACAUCAUGUCAGCUACUUUAAAUAGUUCAUCUGUGCCUACAAUACCAAAAAAACUUCAGAGUCCUCCUCAUACGAAUACAACCGUCCCAACUUUUCCUCGUGUUAAAAGACCAUCUAAACUUAUCAGUUUUCAACCGAUUUCUCUGCCUUCAUUUUUAACUGAUAUUUGUCCAAAGGUACAAGUGCUACCCUGGAUUUGGUACUGUAAUGAUAUCAAUGCUGUUCGGUGGCAAGUUCAGCAAUACUUUUUUGGAGAUUUAGACUUGUAUGGGUUACUUUUAUAUGGCUAUCCAGGUGCCACACCAUUACAUUUUAAAUAUAAAAAGCAUUGGUUUAAAUCUGCUUCAUGUAAUGGAAUAAUAGAUUAUCGACCAAAUUCUGGGUGGUCACAUAUUGUUAUUCCAUAUAAAGAGUUACUUGUAACAGAUUCUGGAAAAUUGCAAGUUCUAGAUAAAUUAUUGAAAAAAUUAAAAUUGGAAGGACAUAGAGUGUUAAUUUAUUCUCAAAUGACAAGAAUGAUUGACUUGCUAGAGGAGUACAUGUGGCAUAGAAAACAUACUUAUAUGAGGUUAGAUGGUUCUUCAAAAAUUGCUGAUCGAAGAGAUAUGGUAGCUGAUUUUCAAUCAAGGUCAGAUAUAUUUGUGUUCUUAUUAAGUACAAGAGCAGGUGGUCUUGGAAUUAACUUAACAGCUGCUGAUACAGUCAUUUUCUAUGAUAUUGACUGGAAUCCAACUGUUGAUCAACAGGCAAUGGAUAGAGCUCAUCGUCUAGGCCAAACAAAACAAGUUACUGUCUAUCGUUUAGUAUGUAAAGGUACAAUUGAAGAAAGAAUUUUACAAAGGGCAAAGGAAAAAUCUGAGAUACAACGUAUGGUUAUUAGUGGUGGAAAUUUCAAACCAGAUACUCUCAAGCAUAAAGAAGUAGUGUGUCUAUUAUUAGAUGAUGAUGAAUUGGAAAGAAAGUUUCAACAAAAACAGGAAGAACGCAGGCAGCAAGAAGAUGGUAAUAGUUGGGAAAGAAAAAGGAAACGAGAAAAAUUAGAAAAAAAGGGAUGUAAUAAAAGAAAAAAGGCAGAAGAAAAUGUAACAAUAGCUGCUGCUUCUCUUUCAAUUGGACAUGAAGUUGAUUCUGUUCAAGGUUUUGAUUCAGUGCCUCCGAGUCCUUUCAGUGAGCAUUCAGUGAGUAGUUUUAUUAUUGCUCAAGAUGACACGAGUAGUGAAGGGCCUCUUGUGGUAGAUGAUGGUAGUCCAGCAGCUACACCAGUACCAGCAUUAACAAAUCAGCCAGGGUUACAAUCAGGACCUGAAAAUGUAAUUGGACAAGUGAAUAAUUUAAAUGCUAAAAAACGUGGGAGUGGUAGAAGUCGUGGAAGACCUCGUGGUUCUGGACGUCGUGGAAGCCGAGGUAGAGGAAACACAUUGGCAACUGCAGCUGCCGAAUUAGCAGCUGCACAAGCUGGCAAAUCUGCAGCUUUUGCAGCAUAUGGUUACACAUUACAAGGCUCUUCACCAUCCACUUCAGCUUCACAACAUGGAGGGAUUAGUAGAAGCUUGUUACAUGUGCCAAUGAGACCAUCUCAUCAAGGUCAGAGAUUUGGGAAAAGGUCACCUGGUGAUAUGAAAGUGUCGGCUGAUUCACUGCCAGCUUCAAGUUCAAUGUUUACAGGAUUUUAUGUUCAGGGUACACAAUUAUAGCAACUAUUUCAUCAUGUAAAUAUACUUCAUGUCAUGCAGUACAUCAUUAAAAAAUUAACUAUUUUUAGCAGCAUAAAGAAUCAACUAUUCUCUCAGUUAUACUAGAAAGCUGCCUCUAAAUAUAUAUGUUCAUAACAUGGAAUUGAUUGGCAGGCAGCAAAUCUAAAUUGAUUUUAUUGAUAUUUCCUGGUACAUUUAAAAAAUGUGUAUAAUGGAAUAUAGUGAUUUACAGAAUUGGUGAUAGAAGAUUAAAAUACUAAAGGAAAUCUGAAUUUCAUUGAAGACAUAUGUUGGACAUUUAAAAGUGAAGUGGAUUGACUCAGUACUUGUUUUGGAAAGAGAUAUAGAGAUAUAUAUAUAUUGUACACAAACAAACAUAUAUAAACACACACACACACAUGCAUACAUACAUACAUACAUACAUACAUACAUACAUACAUACAUACAUAAAUAUAAUUUUUUACACACAUGUUUUGAAGCAACAAUUUUUGGCUGUUAGCAUAAUCUGUUAAAUAAUUACUGUUCUGAUUAUAUUAGCUUAAAAUUUGUGUAAUAUUUGCUCUCUUGAAAACUUAUGUUGAAACAUAGUGCUCAGACUCAUCAAUUUCUAUGCAAUGAAGCAAAACUAAAAAAAUUAAAUUGUAUUUAAAAAAAAUUCUGUUUUAUAAGUGUUGCUAUAUAAUAAAUUAAUAAGUUUUUGUAAAAAUACUGUUAAUAUUUAACUAGUCAAUAGUUACUUUAUUUAUAUAUUUGUAAAAUUAUUUUAGAUUAUGUUCCACUAUACAGUUUUUGAUCUCUUUGCUGUUUAAUGAAAAUAUUGCUAUGAAUAUCACAUACUUGAUCAGACAUGUUCAUAAAGAUUUAACUUCAUAUCAUGGCCAAAAUCUAGAUCAAUUUUAGUGUGAUAUGGAGUUCAAAUAUUUUAAAGCUGUGAUUAUGUGAUUUACCAUAAUCUCAUGGUUUAUAUAUAUUGAUUUUGUUGAUUUAACAAUGUAUAGUAGUGUUCAUUGCACA